CCACAGAUCAUCCUACUCUACAGCUGUUCCAUUUUACCCGAGGGAUGCUAUAAAUCUGCAUAUUUGGAAGUGAUCAACGAUUACGGGAGUGUGGAAGAAUUGUGUAAAAAACUAAAAACCGACCCAAUCAAUGGCCUAUCAAAUGAUCAUCAUGAAAUCCAACGGCGGCAACAAGUAUUCGGAAAGAAUGAAAUCCCACCCGCACCGUCAAAGUCAUUCUUCCGAUUAGCUUGGGAAGCUUUACAGGAUAUUACCUUGGUAAUUCUGCUCAUAUCCGCCAUAGUAUCACUUGGUUUGUCCUUCUACAAACCACCAGAGAAUAUCGGUGCAGGUCACGACGAUUCUGAACAAGAAGCAGGCUGGAUUGAAGGCGUCGCUAUCCUCGUUGCCGUCAUCGUUGUAGUACUUGUCACGGCACUAAAUGACUGGUCUAAAGAGAAACAAUUCCGAGGUCUCCAAUCAAAAAUUGAAACCGAGCACAAAUUCUCUGUAAUACGAGGCGGUCAGCCAGUUGAUGUCGUCGUCAACGAUCUGGUCGUUGGAGAUGUCGCUCGAGUAAAAUACGGUGAUCUCUUACCAGCUGAUGGUCUGGUGAUACAAUCGAAUGAUCUGAAAAUCGAUGAAUCGUCGCUAACCGGUGAAUCAGAUCUGAUCCGAAAAAGUUUCGAUCAUGAUCCCGUACUGCUCUCGGGUACUAAUGCCAUGGAAGGCAGUGGACGGUUUCUUAUCACCGCUGUCGGUUUGAAUAGUCAGACGGGUAUCAUCAUGAGUCUGCUUGGCGCCACGAAAGAGGAAAAGAAAGACGAUAAGGAGAGUAAGAUUGAAAUGAAUGGAAGUGGUAAGCCAUACGAUUCGACUGCUGCUGUUGUUGAAGAAGAGGCUAGCAAAGGGAAAUCUGUACUACAAGCAAAACUAUCCAAUUUAGCCAUACAAAUCGGGUAUAUAGGUUCUAUUGUGGCGGCGGCUACGGUACUGAUUCUCAUCAUUCGCCAUUGCAUCACACACUAUGCCGUCAAUCAUGAGUCUUUCAAGACAUCCGAUCUGUCCUACUUUGUCAACUUCGUCAUUAUCGGUGUUACUGUACUUGUCAUUGCCGUUCCCGAAGGUCUUCCAUUAGCUAUUACAUUGGCACUUACCUAUUCCGUGAAGAAAAUGAUGAAAGAUAAUAAUUUGGUACGACAUUUGGAUGCCUGUGAAACGAUGGGUAAUGCGACAUCAAUUUGUUCGGACAAGACGGGAACAUUGACCACAAAUCGAAUGACCUGCGUUCAGUGCUACAUCAACGAAAAUUUCUACAAAAAUUCGCUGCCAGUAAGUAAUCUGAUGAACAAGAAGACUCGAGAACUUCUGAUCGAAGGGAUUUGCAUCAAUUCGGGUUACAACUCACAGGUACUACCGGCACCGAAACCAGGCGAACAACGUCAACAGGUCGGUAACAAGACGGAAUGCGCAUUGCUUGGCUUUGUGCUCGACAUGCAACAGAGUUACGAUGAGAUUCGAGCCAAACAUCCAGAGGAAACCCUUUACAAGGUAUACACUUUCAAUUCGUCUCGGAAAUCAAUGAUGACAGUACUGGAGCUAGCUGAAGGCGUUUAUCGGAUCUAUGCUAAAGGAGCAUCAGAAAUCAUUUUGUCAAGGUGGUGUACAUACAUGCUCGGCAAUGAAGGAAAGGUUCAAGACUUCACAUCGACUCAUAUGGCCGAGCUUGUCAAAGAAGUAAUCGAACCUAUGGCCUCAGAUGGUCUUCGCACAAUAGGACUAGCCUAUAAGGAUAUGGUCCCUAAAGGGUCAAAAAAGGAAGAGAACGAGGUUGAAUAUAGCGGGCCGAUCGAUUGGGAUGAUGAGGAGACGAUUCGUAACGGCAUGACGAUGAUUGGUAUAAUGGGAAUUCAAGAUCCAGUCCGUCCAGAGGUACCAGCUGCUAUCGACAAAUGCCAAAAAGCUGGUAUUACCGUCCGAAUGGUCACCGGUGAUAACAUCAACACAGCUCGGUCUAUCGCUACAGCUUGUGGAAUCCUUCGGCCGGGUGCGGAUUUUCUUGCACUAGAAGGAAAGGAGUUCAAUGCCAGAAUUCGCGAUGAAAAUGGAAAAGUCAGCCAAGCAAAAUUGGACGCUAUAUGGCCACGGCUACGAGUUUUGGCACGUGCUCAACCGUCGGAUAAGUAUGUACUGGUCAAGGGAAUCAUCGACAGUAAAGUGUCCAAGAACAGAGAAGUGGUGGCCGUCACUGGUGACGGUACCAAUGAUGCGCCAGCUCUCAAGAAAGCCGACGUCGGAUUCGCUAUGGGCAUUGCUGGUACUGAUGUAGCCAAAGAGGCCUCCGAUAUUAUCCUUACCGACGAUAACUUCACAUCUAUUGUCAAGGCUGUGAUGUGGGGUCGUAACGUCUACGAUUCCAUUUCGAAGUUCCUUCAAUUCCAAUUGACUGUGAACGUUGUUGCUGUGACAAUUGCAUUUAUUGGAGCCUGUGCCAUCAGCGAUUCGCCUCUCAAGGCGGUCCAAAUGUUGUGGGUCAAUCUCAUCAUGGACACACUGGCUUCACUGGCUCUGGCCACCGAAAUGCCCACCGAGGACUUACUUGACAGGUAUUGGGACACGUUCAGAAGUUCGAUCGAUAGAAUGAUCAAAACCCUAUGGCCGGACGAAAUCACUGAUUUCACGGACCAUGGUGACAGAUUCAUUCCAAACACGCCAUCUGGUCGAAAUGCUCCAUUGGGAUCACCACCCAGUGCCCAUUUCACAAUAAUUUUCAAUGCAUUCGUUUUAAUGACGUUGUGCAAUGAGAUUAAUGCCAGGAAGGUUCAUGGUGAACGAAAUGUGUUCAAGGGACUCUUCUCGAAUCCGAUUUUCUGCAUAAUUUGGAUUACAACGCUCAUUUCACAAGUGUUAAUCGUACAAUUCGGUGGUCAUUGGUUCUCCACAGCUCCAUUGAAUGCCAUACAAUGGGCAAUCUGUAUUGCCUGUGGUCUGGGAGAACUCAUUUGGGGACAGGUUGUUACGUCGGUACCGUCGUCGAUAUUGCCGAAAUCAUUCCGAUUCGGUAAAGGAGAAGUGAAACCGACAUCGAUACUUCUUACCGGUGACUAUGACGCACCGUCAUCGUCGUCGUUGGCACCAAAACCAGGCGGUCAGGAGAAACGUCCUGGUCAAAUGCUCUGGUUACUUGGUCUCACUAGACUUCAGACACAGAUUCGCGUGGUGAAGGCAUUCCAGUCGAUGAACGACGGUUCACAUCCGAAUUCAUUGACAACAUCGACAUCCGAUCGACUACGAGCCAGUUAUCGUCGAUUGAAGAUCGCUCGAGAGCUCGAACAGCAAAAGAGGUCUGGUAGCGUACGGACCCGUGGACCGGUACAUAAUGCGCCACUCCCAUCGAAGGAUCCAACCGGAAUAACAUCAUCGUGA